CGAACAGCGGUGAGUCAACUGCGGAUCUUCAGGCUAUUUUAUUUAAUAAGGUUUUUCAAGAUUGUUUGUUAUUUCGUUCGCAUCUAUUGUGUCGUGUAAAUACGUCACCAUGGCUUAUUCUGCGCCGAUGAUUGUGCCGUAUCAAUGGAUCUUGAACAUCGACGAAAAUGAACCGAAAACAAUUGCCUCGAAAAUGAUUUUGUUUCGGGGCGAACGAGUUUUCCGUGUGGGUUUGAAGAACUGCGCCCCAUCGCCCAUUUUAUUUUUCAUGGCUGCUGAUCUCAACAGAAUUGGAAUGAGAGUGGAGGAUGUCAUGUACGGAGUCGAAGAUGCCGACACCUGUCCAGCAAAGAUGACGCAAAUGAAGAGAGAAGACAAAAUUGGAAUUGACGGAAGUCUGCAGCUAUUCACGAUUCAUCUUGACAAAAUGGUCACCGGACAACGGACAUAUGCGUUUCGCAUUUGCAUAGGAGGAAGCGUUUCCGGCUAUUUUUAUCGUCUGUCUGAUCGUCUUAGCAAGGAUCAAUUAUGGGCUGCCAAGGACAAUCCAAAUCUGGCGGACGUUGAAUUCAUUGUGAAUGGGAAGAAGCUAUUGGCGAACAAAGCCAUUUUGGCAGCGCGUAGUCCCGUGUUUGCAGCCGAAUUUGAGAAGGUGCAACCGAUAAAAGACGUUCCUCAUCAAAUCCGAAUCGAUGGAGUGGAACCUUCAACUGUGGAGAAUUUCUUGCACUUCAUCUACACGGGUGAAUCAAUGUCAUCACUUGCGAAUGAACAAUUGCUUAUGUUGGCUGAAAAGUACAGACUAACAAUUCUGACCAGUUUGUGCAAAGUCGCACUAAAGAAAAUUGAGACGAAACAAAUGACGGACUUCAUGAUGUGUUUGAAUUUAAACGCUGAAAACCCUCCUUCCCAAAUCAGGCCGGAAAAAGACACGGAAAUAUUUUUUGAUCGAACGACGUCCACUUUUAGAUGCGCUUUGGAGUUUUUGGGAAAUGAACGUGGAAAAUCAAAAUGUUUGAUGCACUAUCAUUAUGAAGAUAUUUUUGUCGUUUACAUCACUGGAUCUGAGCAUAUUCAUAUUCAUGUGAUUCAUUUAUCAGGCGCUAAGCAUCGCAGCUUCGGCUUGAAAGUUGAGGAUAUUUAUUGCGGCAUGCAGGGAUACAACUAUCGGUUAAAAAUGGAAUCGAAAAAAUUGAAAAACAACGAAGAAUUACUUUUACGCUUCACACUCCGAUUGGAACCGGGUAUUUCUUCCAGACACAUCUAUGAAUUCAACUUCGACAUCAAAACGGUCGGUACGAUCGGCAACUAUUACUACGAGAUGAUGGACUACGCUUGGCCGACAGAUUUAUGGGCUGCCGCAACAAACCAGAAAUUGACGGAUGUGGAAAUAUUUGUUGGGACAGUUAAAGUGAUGAAAGCUCAUCGGAUUAUCCUAUCCGCUCGCAGUCCUGUUCUGAAUAUCGUGUUGAACAAGGUCAGCAACGCAACGAAAUCUAUCGUUUAUUUUAGCGAGGAAUUCGAUGUCAAUACUGUGACACUUUUCUUGCAAUUCCUGUACACUGGUUCGUUGGAGACAUCCGCCAGCAAGGACACCAACUACAAGCAGCUUCUCGAGUUGGCCACAAUGUACGAAGUUGAAACGUUGAAGAACUUUUGUCUAGUGGCCAGCGCUGUUCCUCCGGAUGUUGAAGAUCUCACCAGCUCUCUGCUGGAACUCUAAUUGAAUUGAGUUAUUGACAUUGCGAACUUUAUACAACAGCUUUUGUGUAUCUUUGUCGUGGUACUAAUUGUUUUCAAUACAGAAUUUUUUCUAUUUUUCAA